AUGUCCGCCCCCAUACCCCCGAGCGACUUGGAGGGUCACUGCUCGGCCAUUCACGAUGACACGCUUUACGUCCUCUCCCCCGACAGCUUCCUGUCACUGCCGUUGAAGGAGAAGGCGAAAUGGUCCAAGAGGCCGAUGGGAGUCUCCGUCACAGGACCGGCCUGCGUGCAGGCGGGUGAAGGAGAGGAUGCCGCGCUGUAUGUGGUGGGCGGCAAGACCAGCAAGUCUGGCUACAGCGGGAUGCAGAGAUACAACUUCGCGCAGCAAUCGUGGGAGACGCUGCCGGUGAACGUGGGCGUGUUGGCCGGACGAACCGAUCACAGCGCAGCGUACAUCGCGGACACCCAGCAGAUCAUGGUCUAUGCCGGAUCGCAACCGAACGCCUACUCGUAUCUUUCUUCGCAGACUUUCCUGGUAUCGACACAGCAACCCUACGAUAUUCUAGCAUUCACUUCUUCAGCGCCUCCUGGAAAUCUGCCUUUGCUGCAGUCGUGGGAUAGUGGGCACGCGGUCAUGCUUGGUGGUUCUGAUUUUAACACUGAGAUCUACACUUUUGGACCCGAUGACGGCUGGCAAGCCUUACCUACCAAUCUCACUGAACCACUAGAUCCCAGCGCCCGCGCCACCCUGAUUGAUGGUAGCGAUGGGAGCAAGGUUCUGGAGGUCUACGAUAUGAGCAAGACACCGAACAGUGUCACGCAGCUAGUCCUGUUGGACGCUGGUGGACAGCCGGCCUACACCGGGCAGACGAUCGGAUCAGGGUCCUCGUCAAGGAAACGGAAACGGGACCUUACUCUGGACAACUGGCCGGCGUACAACGACAACAAUGCUCCUACUGUCAAGAGGACGGACUGUGCCGUGGCGCAAGGAUCUGACGGCAUGGCUGUCAUAUCUGGUGGAAGCAGCGAAGCACCGGUCGCGAUUUUCAACCAGGAUAAGAACUCUUGGGUGGAUGUCGACAAGUUCUUCGACUCGAAACAGAACCAACAACCGUUACAGCCGACAAAGUCGAGCGGGUCCGGUUCAACACCAUCAUCGUCGACAUCAUCUUUUCCCUCUUCCAGCACGACAGCAGCAGCAGGAUCUUCGAGCGGGGAGUCAGCACAUGACCGCAUGCUGAGGACAUUGGGGAUAACACUUGGAGUGCUGUGCGGCAUCGCCGCAAUCUUCAUCCUUGUACUUCUAUUUUUGCGAUGGCGGAAAAUGAAGAAGAGGAAGCAGGAAGGCUAUCUGGACGAGAAGAACGAGGAGGACAGGCGGAUGAGCUUUGCGGACCGGGGAGCAUCCUUCAUGAAGGAAGCAGGUGGCUCGAUUAAUGGCCUUGCACCUCCGAGUAAGACGUGGGAGAAUUCGCAAGGCGGAUCGCACAGUUCGUUGGCCAUCAUCACUGGAAAAUUCGGCAAUAAGCGGAACACCAGCCAUGAACCUAAGCCGAGCUACGACAGCACUGCUCCAAUGUUCCGAGACAAGAACAUGGGUCGCGGAAACAACGACCAGGUGGAAAUGAUCAAUCUGGACGAGAAGAGGAUUGAGAGGAAACCGAUUCCUCAGCCUGGACCACCACCACCUCCGCCUCCAGCGCCGUACGGUCCUAACCUGACUGCUGCGGAUGCCAACAGGAUGUCGACGGACUCAGGUAGAGGGAACCGAAGCUCAGGCUGGUCCAAAUACUUCGCUACCAGCCAGCCGACAGGUCCUAACGGGAUCUCUCAUCUGCCUUCUGCUUACGCUCAGACUAACAAGUUGAGCGAUGCUUCCAUGUACUCGACGGAUCGGCACAUCUCCCAGCCUUCACACAUACCCUCCUCAGCACUUGUGCCACCGCUCGACAUCGACUUUAGUAAGACCGUGGACGGCCAGCGGUUAUCUCACGUCACCUCCGGCUCACCCGCCUUCAACGACUCACGAGAAGACCUCGCGCGAGGCGGCAACCACCUCGCGCCGCAAGGCCAGCAAGGCCUGAUCGUAGACCCGUACAGCCGACGCUCCGCCUCCGACACGAUAUCGUCCUAUAACAGAUCGACGAUGAGCACCACCACGUCUGAGUACUACAACGACUCCAACCCCACCCCCUGGACCCCCACGAGCACGUCGUUUAAGGACCACCUCGUCUCCCGGCCGCCCAGCAGCAACUACCCUCCCUCCGAACCGCGCGUGCCUUCUCGCGGAAAGAACGGCGGCGGCUUCUUCCCCGGCUCCGGCACCUCAUACCGCCCGUCCGCCCGCUCGAAGAUGGGCUCGAACGCCGCCCCGAGCGGGGAUUGGGCAUCUCUCCCGGCUGCGCCAACCUUCCCACGACCGGCAGAGGACCGCGAUAGCACGGUCACGGUCUUCCCCAAGGGCGUCCCGAGUGCGUAUUACGCCGGGCGCGACAGGGAGAGCGAGCAGGCGAAGCCGGUGAAUUCAGAUCUGGGGUGGUUGAACUUGGGGCUGGGACAGAGUCCGCAGCCGGGCCGGAUAUGA